CAGCUGAACGCAUCAAUGUAGCCAUGACCCUCGAUGCAAACUACCUCCGUGGCACCAUGGCUGCAGUUUUGUCCAUGUUGCAACAUUCCACGUGCCCGGAGAACCUGGCAUUCUACUUCCUAACCGCACACUAUGCUCCUGAACUAUUCUACAGCAUCAGAAAAACUUUCCCUUAUCUCAACAUGAAGAUUUACCGCUUUGAUUCCAAUAGAGUCCGUGACAAGAUAUCCAAGUCGAUUCGACAAGCAUUGGAUCAGCCAUUGAAUUAUGCAAGGAUAUACCUGGCGGACACCAUACCAGACGACGUGAAGCGCGUGAUAUAUCUGGACUCAGACCUUGUAGUGGUUGAUGAUAUAGCUAAGCUUUGGUCCACUGACAUGGAAGAAAAGGUGGUGGCUGCACCGGAAUAUUGCCAUGCAAACUUCUCCUUGUAUUUCACUGACAAGUUCUGGUUAGACCCUGUUUUGUCAAAGACAUUUGAGGGGAGGAGGCCGUGUUAUUUCAAUACAGGGGUGAUGGUGAUGGACGUGGACAAAUGGAGGAGUGAAGGGUACACAGAGAAGGUGGAGGAAUGGAUGGCGGUGCAGAAGCUACAGAAGAGGAUCUAUCAUUUGGGGUCACUACCACCCUUCUUGCUGGUUCUGGCGGGUAAUAUCACAGCGGUGGACCACAGAUGGAACCAACAUGGAUUGGGUGGGGAUAACUUUGAAGGUAAAUGUAGGGGCCUGCACCCUGGUCCUAUAAGUUUGUUGCAUUGGAGUGGUAAGGGGAAGCCAUGGUUGAGGUUAGAUUCAAGGAAGCCAUGCACUGUUGACCAUUUAUGGGCUCCUUAUGAUCUAUUCUGGUCCUCUAGACAUCAUUUCUUUGAAGAAUGACGAAAUAAAAAAACAAAAAAACAAAAAGCAAAAAAAUAAAAAAGAAUUAAAGAAUAUAAGGAGAAAUUAAGAAGGGGAACACUUAAUAAAAUGGGUUUCCAAGAAUAAUUAAUGAAGAAAAAGGUGAGAUGGAGAGAUCUGAGUAUGUAUAGUUUUCUAACUCGUAUUUGGCGGACAGGAAGGGAACUGAUAUCUCCAGCUAGCUUUUAGUUUUCUAGGCAAGCAAUGGAGAGUUGUAAGUUCUGUUUCAAUUUUCCCUUUCCUUGUCGUAGUAUUUUUUUAUGCCUUGCCUUUGGCUUGGUAGUUACAUUAUUGUAGGAAGCAUAACAAACAAUAUGCAGAUAUAAAUCAUGUAUUUGUUUACAGGGUAAGUACGAAGAGCUUCAGCUUCUUCGCAAAAGUGUAACCUAAUUUUUGUUUCAUUCACUGUAUAUAAUUAUUUAACUUUUCUGCAAUUAUGUUUGGCCCUCAGCCUUUACUAUACAAGAUAAGAACAAUACAACGUUUAUACA